AUGCAUAACGUGCGCAAGCAGAAAUACUCGGCCGAGCAGUUGGCAGAAAAAAAGCAGCUAGAAAAGGGCAAGAUCAACGCCUACAAUGGCCUCUCGACACAGGUGAACCAGUUUCGCCGAGAAGGAAAACACGACAAGGAGGCGCUGGAUCUCAAUACCAAGCUGAUUAAGAUCAACCCCGAGUUUUACACAAUGUGGAAUUACCGACGAGAAAUACUGAAGACCGGAAUCUUGCCCAAUCUGGAGGACAAAGACGACUUUCUGGAUGGAGAGCUCAAGUUUGUUCAGGAAUGUUUGAUGCGGUUCCCCAAGACCUACUGGCUGUGGAACCAUCGAAAAUGGUGUUUGGAAACUGCCGCAAAGCCGGAUUGGAAAAAGGAACUGGCCAUGGUAACUUAUGCUCUUGCCAAAGACGAACGAAACUUCCACGCAUGGAACUACAGACGAUAUGUGCUGGCCAAGUACGAGGAGACGCUCCCUGAGGCCCACAGAGGCGCUGUCAAGCCCAAAGAGUUUGAAUUCACCGAGGAAAAGAUCAACAAGAACUUCUCAAACUUUUCCGCCUGGCAUCAGAGAUCAAAGGUCAUUCCAGAACUCAUGGAGGAAACACGCCAGGGAAAGUGCACAGACGAGAAGCUGGUAAAACGUCUCAGUGAUCCCAAGACGUUUUUCGGCUCGGAAUUGGACUACGUGAAGAAUGCUAUCUUUAUGGACCCCAACGACCAGUCUGUUUGGCUCUACUUACGAUGGUUGUUGACCAAGCCUGAAAUCAUCUAUCCUGAUAUUUCUACCGAAUACCACAUUGAAGUAGUGGAGUCCACCAUCAAAGAAAUUGCGGAGUUGUACGAGGAUGAGAAAGACUGCCGUCAUUGCAUUUAUUGGAUUGUCUUUUACACCAUCAUGCUUUAUGAGCUCAAGAAACAGAGAAUACCCGAAGCUGUUGGUAGAACUCUUACCAAACACAUUGGUGACCUCAAGGAGAAGGAUGCCCUUAGAAAGGGCCAAUAUGAAGACUGGGAGAAGGUGGUGGUUUCAGCUCACUGA